AAUAACCGACUCCAUCUAUAAUUUUUCUUCUCCGAAGGGACGUAACGCAUCACUGACGUCAGAAUAAGAUCCGAGCCUGCAUAUAUAAGGCCUAGCCAGGCCAGCCUCUGCCUCAAAUCCUCAUCCCAUACCUGCGAAGAUGUUUCGUCAGUUGUUGGUGGCGGUGGCAGCCGUGAUGGUGGUGGCCGGGUGGGCUGCAGCAGAGCCUUGUCAUUCCUGUGGCCAUUCCAACAAGCAGCACCAGAGAUUCGGUGUGCCGGGAGGACUCUCGCAGGCGGGGAGGUUUGCACACAGCCAAAGCCAGAGCCAGCACAGCAGCUCCAGUCACUCCCAGAGUCACGCUCAUUCCCAGAGCCAAGCCCACGCUCAUAGCCAAUCCCAUGCCCAGAGCCAAGCCCACGCCCAGAGCCAAGCCAACGCCCAAGCUCACGCCCAAAGUCAGGCUCACGCCCAGAGUCACGCCCAGAGUCACGCCCAGAGUCAUGCCCAGAGUCACGCCCAGAGUCACGCCCAGAGUCAGGCGUUCAGCCAGGGUAGCAGCAACGUAGGCAGUUCCGGAGGCCAAGGCGGGAGACACAAUGUGGGCCACCCAACUGGGUGUCCCGGGUGUGGCUGCGGGGGCUGCGAGGGUUCCUGUGGGUGGUGCGGCGGCAACUACGGCCGCAGGAAGAGGAGCAUCGAUGCCCUGGUGCAGAGCGUUGACGUGCAGAACUUGUUUGAUGCCAUCUCAUCAGAGGACAAGGACCAGUGUGGGCUGCGUCUGGUGUGCGAGCUGGCACAAGAAGACCCGCGAAACUUGGCUGCGGACGAGGUGCUGAUCCUUCUGCCCUACAGAGGCGCUGGAGAAAGCGAUGGUACUGCUUAUGGCCAGUACGACCAGGCAGCGUGGCACGGGCAGGAAGGUCACCAGUGCGCCGAGCACUACCCGCAGUGCGCCUUCACGGCCAGCCAGAUCAUGGACGAGUACCGCAAGAAGGUCGCUGCCUCAACCAGCGAGGAUUGAUGAAUUAUCUCAGUUGUUAUUCCUCAGAAUUGCCAUGAAUUGCUCGACAAGCUCUUGUGAUAAUAACAUUUUAGUGAAACAAAAUUCUACCUCUAACAAUAAAGUUUCAUUCUCAACUUUCCAGUAAAUAAAUACAUUGUGAUGAA